CCAAGCAGUUUCCGGCCGCCUGGGGUCCCGGUGGGCCUCGAACCCUGAGUCGCGCGCCCAGCCCCCACGGAGGGGGCGUGUCCAGGGCGUUUUGGGGCGUGGCCGCGGAUCUUUUCUCCGUAGCCCGCGCGUUGCGGAGCCCGCGCGUCCGCCGCCGCUCUCUGAUUCGAGUCGGAACCCGUCUCGCCACGAUGGAGCCCGCCGCCGAGAUUGUGGUGGACAGCCCGGACGUGGUCUAUAGCCCCGAGGCCAUCGAGGCGCACUACGAGUACCGGACGACCCGCGUCAGCCGCGAGGGCUGCGUGCUGCGGGUACAGCCCACGGCCACGCACUUCACUUUCCGGACCGCCCGGCAGGUGCCCCGGCUCGGGGUCAUGCUCGUGGGCUGGGGCGGGAACAACGGCUCCACGCUUACCGCGGCCGUGCUGGCCAACCGGCUGCGCCUGACCUGGCCCACACGCACCGGCCAAAAGGAAGCCAACUACUACGGUUCGCUUACCCAGGCGGGCACCGUGAGCCUGGGUCUGGAUGCGGACGGCCAGGAGGUGUUCGUGCCCUUCAAUGCGCUGCUGCCCAUGGUGACCCCUAAUGACCUGGUGUUUGACGGCUGGGAUAUCUCCUCGCUGAACCUGGCCGAGGCGAUGAGGCGUGCGCAGGUCCUGGAUUUCGGCCUGCAGGAGCAGCUGUGGUCACAUAUGGAGAAUCUGCGUCCCCGGCCUUCUGUCUACAUCCCCGAGUUCAUCGCAGCUAAUCAGACGGCGCGCGCUGAUAACCUCAUCCACGGAACGCGUGCACAGCAGUUGGAGCAGAUCCGCAAAGACAUCCGUGACUUCAGGUCCAGUGCUGGGUUGGACAAAGUCAUCGUGCUAUGGACGGCUAACACAGAGCGCUUCUGCGAGGUGGUCCCGGGUCGCAAUGACACAGCUGAGAACCUGCUGCGCACCAUCCAGCUUGGCCUAGAGGUGUCACCAUCCACACUCUUUGCAGUGGCCAGCAUCCUCGAAGGUUGUGCCUUCCUCAACGGGUCCCCACAGAACACACUGGUACCUGGUGCCCUUCAGCUAGCAUCGCAGCACCAUGUGUUUGUGGGCGGGGACGACUUCAAGUCAGGCCAGACAAAAGUCAAGUCGGUGCUGGUUGACUUUCUCAUUAGCUCCGGCUUAAAGACCAUGUCUAUUGUGAGCUACAACCACUUGGGCAACAAUGAUGGUCAAAACCUGUCUGCGCCACAACAGUUCCGCUCCAAGGAAGCAUCCAAGAGCAGUGUGGUGGACGACAUGGUGCAGAGCAACCCUGUGCUUUACGCACCUGGGGAGGAGCCAGACCACUGUGUGGUCAUCAAAUAUGUGCCAUACGUGGGUGACAGCAAGCGUGCACUGGAUGAGUAUACUUCAGAGCUGAUGCUGGGGGGAACCAACACCCUGGUGUUACACAACACCUGCGAGGACUCACUGUUGGCCGCACCCAUCAUGCUGGACCUGGUGUUGCUCACCGAGCUCUGCCAGCGGGUGAGCUUCUACACGGACACUGAUCCUGAGCCACAGGGCUUCCACCCGGUGCUGUCACUACUCAGCUUCCUCUUCAAGGCCCCACUAGUGCCCCCAGGAAGCCCGGUGGUGAACGCACUCUUCCGCCAGCGUAGCUGUAUCGAGAACAUUCUCAGAGCCUGUGUGGGCCUCCCACCCCAGAAUCACAUGCUCCUAGAACACAAAAUGGAGCGUCCAACCAUCAAGCACCGUGGGGAAGUGAUGGCCACCAGCCUGCUGUCUUGCAAGAAAGAGUCCACAUCCACUGCCACCAAUGGCUGCACAGGUGAUGCCAAUGGGCACACGCAGGCACAGGCACCUGAAGUUCCCACUGCCUAAGGCAGUAGUCCUUCCAUCCCCAGCCCCUGAUCCCAUCUACCCCCAAGGUCCUGCCAAAGACAAUAAAGCAGCUCCUCAUUAGCCAAGCAAAGCCUCCUGGUAGGUU